AUGGGGAAAGAACACAACAGCGAAAGAAUAACUAAAGAAGCUUGCGUUGCGGCCCUAGGCGGGCGCCUCGGCUCAGGCCGGGACGGGCAGCGCGCGGGGGCUGCGGCGGCGCAGAAGCGCGUCGACUGCCACGCGCAGCCGGGCGCUUCCCCCGAGGCCUGCGAGGCGCGGGGCUGCGCCACCGGCGUGGCCAAGGCUCCCUGGUGCUUCUUCCCCGAGGACGGUCCCUACGGCUACGCCCCGGGCGGCAACACCGAGAAGACGGCCAAAGGCUGGAGGCGAGCACGCGUGGCUCCGUCCCCGCUGCGGUCCGGCGCUGCGCCGCGGCCGCCCCCGGGGCGGCUCGCCAGAGACCUUCCCCGAGCCGCUUCGCCACCGCCCGCUCGGCUCGCGACGAGGAGGACGCUGACGUGGAAGAGCCGAGUUGCUCCCCCCGGCCCGCGCCAGGGUGGUCGCAGGCAGCGGGCGGUUGCGGUGGGCACCAGCGCGUGUUUCUGCCGCAGGGUGACACUGAACGAGCGCCAGGCCUUGUCCCUCUUUGGAAAUGACAUUUCCCCGGUCGUCUUGGAAGUGGAGUUCCAGACAAGGGACAGGCUCCGGUUCAGGCUCUACGACCCCAACAGGCAGCGGUUUGAAGUCCCACUCAAGAGUGACUCCCCCGGGGUUACUGCUGAUGAGGCCAGCUACGACGUGGAGUUUGCGGAUGACUCCUCGCGCUUCAGGAUCAAGAGGAAAAGCACCGGCACUGUGCUGUGGGACAGUCCCCUGGUUGACCUGUUUUUCUCUAACCAGUAUCUUCAGAUCACAACUACUGUGCCAUCCACUUCGGUGUAUGGGUUUGGUGAACACGAGCAUCCAUCCUUCAAACACAGCAUGGACUUUGUUACCUAUGGCAUGUUCAGCAGGGAUCAGGCACCAGCGCCAUUUGCCAACCUCUAUGGAGUUCACCCUUUCUAUAUGUGUGUAGAAGCCGACUCCAAUGCCCAUGGUGUUCUCCUUCUGAAUUCCAAUGCACAAGAUGUUUCUCUGAGUCCAAACCCAUCUUUAACUUUCCGCACUAUUGGAGGGAUCCUUGACUUCUAUGUCUUUCUUGGACUGACUCCUGAAAAUGUAAUUCAGCAAUACACAGAGGCCAUUGGAUGCCCACACAUGCCUGCCUACUGGUCUCUGGGAUUUCAUCUCUCCCGAUGGGGUUAUGGCAGCAUUGAUGUUUUAAAGAAAACUGUCGAUCGCAUGCACUACUAUGAUAUACCAUAUAUAAGUAUGGAUUUUUCACUGUGUAUGCUAAUUUUACAAUCCAAAGUGCGACGAAUAAAAUUAUAAUAGAGGAAAAGUGAUUAUCCUACAAAGAGAAUUGUAGAAUAAAAGGAUGUUCAUGAUCUUA